GCGGGGGCGAGUGGUGGAGAACCAGUUCCUGCGGGACGACGGCGUCGGCGCGGGCGACGGCAGGCGGCCGGAGGUGAUCGCCAACGGCCUGCCGCUGCAGGGCGGGGCGCAGCUGGCCGCGGACGCCACAGGUUGGUCGGCCGGGAAGGAGACCACCUACCUGGAGCUCCUGGACGCGAGGCGCUGCCGACUAGUAGCCCUGGCCCUGGAGAUGGGAGGCCCGUGGUCCCAG